GAUUUUUUUGUAAAUAUUUAAACUACCAUAUUUGGUUUUCACGGUUGCAUAAACCCUACUCUGUGAAGUUUUAUCAGAAGAUAGCAGCAUCACCAUAAACCCUAGCAAAUUGCAGCAGCAGCAGUAGCAGUAGCAGUAGCCAUGGCAAUGGAUCCCAAACGCGUGAAAUCAGACCUAGUUCUCAUCCUCGAUUUCGGUUCCCAAUACACUCACCUCAUCACUCGCCGAAUCCGAAGCCUCUCCAUUUUCUCUCUCUGCCUCAACGGCACUUCCUCUCUCCAAACCAUCACCGACCUAAACCCCUCCGUCGUCAUUCUCUCCGGUGGUCCCCACUCCGUUCACACUCCUGACUCCCCUUCCUUCCCUGACGGCUUCAUCCAGUGGGCUCAGUCUAAUGCCGUUCCUGUUCUCGGCAUUUGUUAUGGUCUUCAGCUUCUUGUUCACCGUCUCGGCGGUGAAGUCCGAGUCGGGAACACGCAGGAAUAUGGCCGUAUGGAGAUUCAUGUCGAGAAUCAAUCCGCUCUUUUCCCCUCUGCUAAAGUUGGACAUAAUCAAAUCGUCUGGAUGAGUCAUGGUGAUGAAGCUGUUACUCUUCCUUCGGGUUUCAAUGUUGUCGCGCGAAGCCAACAGGGGGCUGUUGCUGCCAUCGAAAAUCCCUCUGCCAAGUUCUAUGGCCUUCAGUAUCACCCUGAGGUGACUCAUACGCCCGAGGGAAUGGAAACACUGAGGCAUUUUCUGUUUGAUGUUUGUGGAGUUGCAGCGGGGUGGAAGAUGGAGGAUGUUUUGGAGGAAGAAAUCAAAGUGAUCAAUGAUACAGUGGGACCUGAGGAGCAUGUUAUUUGUGCCUUAUCUGGUGGUGUUGAUUCCACCGUUGCUGCUACCAUUGUUCAUAAAGCCAUUGGGAAUAGGCUUCAUUGUGUUUUUGUUGACAAUGGAUUGCUAAGGUAUAAGGAGAGGGAACGUGUAAUGGAAACCUUUGAAAAGGAUCUUCAUUUACCAGUUGUGUGUGUUGAUGCUGUAGAUCAAUUUCUUACAAAGCUAAAAGGUGUAACGGAUCCUGAAGUAAAGCGGAAAAUCAUUGGUAAAGAGUUUAUCUGCAUCUUUGAUGCUUUUGCUCAGGAGCUAGAGAAGAAACUGGGAAGCAAACCUUCUUACUUGGUUCAAGGAACCUUGUACCCUGAUGUAAUUGAAUCAUGCCCACCACCUGGAAGUGGGAGAACCCAUUCCCAUACCAUCAAGAGCCAUCAUAAUGUUGGGGGUCUUCCUAAGGACAUGAAAUUGAAACUUAUUGAACCACUUAAACUACUUUUCAAGGACGAGGUUCGUCAAUUAGGGAAGAUCAUGGAUGUUCCUGAGGGAUUCCUAAAACGCCAUCCCUUCCCAGGACCGGGUCUUGCUGUUCGAGUUUUGGGUGACGUGACUGAAGGAAAUGCCUUGGAAAUUCUCCGACAGGUUGAUGAGAUUUUCAUUCAGUCAAUCAAAGAUGCUGGCCUUUAUGAUGUAAUUUGGCAAGCAUUUGCAGUUUUCUUACCAAUAAGAUCUGUUGGAGUUCAAGGGGAUCAAAGAACACACUCUCAUGUUGUUGCACUCAGAGCUGUUACAAGUCAUGAUGGAAUGACAGCAGACUGGUAUUACUUUGAGCACAAGUUCCUUGAUGAUGUUUCCCGCAAAAUCUGUAAUGCUGUUCGUGGCGUGAAUCGCGUUGUGCAAGACAUUACGUCAAAGCCUCCAUCAACAAUUGAGUGGGAAUAAUAUCACAUUUAGUAGUUUUACUUCUUUUUUUUUUCAAUGUUUGUGGGGGGCUAUAAAGUUGUAUAUGCGAAAGGUACUGGCUUUUUAUUUGUUUGAGUUAUUAUUUUCCCCCUCGCCUAGGGUUUGGAGGGUAGAGAUUGCAGCGGGAAUUUAUUAUUUAUAAGGAUUGCUACGAUUCUUGAGAUUGGAAUAGCUACAAUUGAGAUUACAAUAACCAAAAUUAUUGUAAUUAUUUUUGCUCUCUUGAAUCAAUUAAAUUGCUAUAUUUGUUCCUCAAA